UAGUUCCCAUACAUGUCGAUAGGUGGCAUGUCUCAAACAAAAUAAGCUAUUUCGUACUAAUUGCAUAUAAUUAAUUACGUAGGAAAUCGAAACAAUAUUAGAGAAGGUUAUUUGCUUCCUCAACAGCUUAAAUCUCGUCGUCUACAGACCAACAAAUUUAAUUUUUUAAUUUUAUCACGAAGAGACUAAUUCCACAAUUUCACCACAACGUGGCGCUAAUAUUUCAGUAUCAAAUUUUCGUUUGCAAAGAAAAGUUAGUUAAGGAAAUUAUGUCACAACAAAAAAAGAAACGAACAAUCGUAAAAUUGACAAAUAUAACAAAAGAGUGAUGGAGAAAUUAAAAAACACGUGUAGACAAGAUUUACUAUUACUAUUUAACCAAACACAUCUCUGGUGUCCAACACAUAUUCCGGUCUUCCCGAGAGGAACGAAAGAAAUAAAGAAAUAUGGGAGAAGCCACAUUGACAGAAGAAGAAACAUUGACAAGACGAGAAAAGUUAAUUCUCACUCUACGGUUUCUCAAGAUAUAUUGGAAAAUAUUGUUUGCUGUGAUCUGGGCUCUGAUUCUGAUCCCUCCUCUUCUUGUUUAUAAUUACAAGGAAACUAGAUGCGCCUAUACCAUAUUAAUAAUGGCUGGAUAUUGGAUCACAGAAUGUUUCCCCAUGGCGGUUACUUCGUUAAUUCCUGUGGUGUUAUUUCCAGCAUUUGGAGUGUUAAGCACAGCAGAUGUUUGUGGUUGCUACGUAAACGAUACUAUAAUGGUGUUCAUAGGAGGUCUAGUUCUUGCUAUCGCAAUCGAACACAGUAAUUUACAUCUACGAAUCGCUCUUGGAGUAAUGAAAACAGUUGGUUGUACUCAUGGAAAAUUACUCGGCGGUCUUUGUGCCGUUACUGCUUUCAUAUCCAUGUGGGUCUCAAAUACUGCAGCAACCGCUAUGAUGGUACCAAUCAUAUUUGCUGUUUUAAACGAAUUGGAACAGGCCGGAUACUGUCGCGUCUAUGACGAACUCCCGGUACCUCCAGGAUCUUUAGAUCCACCGGAAAAGCGACCGACAAGGAUAACAACAGCUUAUCUGCUGGCUGCAGCGUACUGUUCAACCUUCGGAGGUACAGGAACUCUCGUAGGAACCGGUACUAACCUUACUUUCAAGGGCAUUUUCGAAAGUAUAUUUCCCCAUUCCGAAGGCAUUAAUUUUACACAGUGGAUGAUCGCCUCGUUACCGCAAAUGAUUGUUAAUACUUUCUUGACAUGGUUCUAUCUUCGGGUAGCUUACAUGGGUUACCUUAGACCUCGUAGUAAAGACGCAGAGGUAGCGGAAAUUGGAGUCGAAGGAGAAAUGGUUACGAAUCAAGUGAUAGAGCAAAGAUAUAAAGAAUUAGGUGGUAUUAAAUUUCACGAAGCAGCAGUUGCCGGUCUUUUUCUUUUCUGCAUAUUUUUAUGGCUAUUUCGGAAACCUGGUUUCGUAACAGGGUGGGCCGAAGUAAUAACGGAUAUAGAUCUUCGAGAUUCAGUGCCCGUCAUAUUCGUAUCUAUCAUGAUGUUUUUUAUUCCGAAAGAUUUUAAUUUUCUUCGUACCUGGAGCAAAGACCCUGCUAAAAGACCCUUCAAAUCUUCGGAAGGUUUGAUCACGUGGGACGUUAUCCAGAGAAAAAUGCCUUGGAGUUUAAUGUUCCUUUUGGGCGGUGGGUUCGCGAUAUCCAGAGGCAGUAUGGCUUCCGGUUUGGCAAAGAAGAUCGGUGAAACUUUGGUACCGCUACGAUACUUGCCUCCUUUUUUCAUUAUGCUGAUUGUUUGUUUCUUUAUUGGCACUAUUACGGAGUUUACUUCAAACGUUGGAAUCGCAAACAUCACCUUACCAGUUAUUGCACAGAUGGUAAAAUAUUACUCAAACAAAACACCAUUAUUCGAUACUCUAUCACCAAUUUGUUGGUACACAAGUUAUUUUGUUAUACAGUGCGUUGCAAUGGAGAUGCAUCCCAUGUAUUUGAUGGUACCAGCAACUAUAUCGUGUUCUUUCUCUUUUCGAUUACCAGUUGGUACACCUCCGAAUGCAAUUAUAUCAGUUAUUGGAAAUAUUCCGACUCAAUCGCUGAUGAUGGGAGGUUGCAUUCCUUCCAUCUAUGGUCUCGUAGUAAAUUGCAUUAACUUUGUUACCUGGGGUAUGUUCAUUCAUAACAUUAAAGAAUUUCCAGCCUGGGCUACGAGCGACUACACACCCCCGACAUGAAAUUACGUAUAUAUCAUUUUUCUCUUACGUAUUUAUCAGUUUAUUCUUUCUUUUUUCUCAAUUUUCUUGUAUUAAACAAUAUGUAUCAUGUUUCGUCCAUCUUUCUGUUAAAUAAAUAAAAUAUACAUUGAUUAAACAUGUCCAACAUGCUGAAUUAAAAUAGUAUUCAUACGCGAAUAUCAUAUUGUACAAUAGAGGAUACGCUUUGUACAUUUAUCUAAUUCAAUUACAUAGUAAGAAUAUAAAAUACAAAUAUACAUACAAUUUUAAUUACUAAA